GAUGUGUGUGCAAACCCAGGCCAUGCAGAUACUGGUGACUCUAACUUUGUCAGCUCAGAACACCUCACCUCUGGCCUCCAGCACAGGAAAGCAGUGUUGUCAGGAGGGGUUAAACUUCAGCUGAAGCACAGGCGCAGUGAGCCUGCAGGCCGACCUCACUCGUGGCACACAACUAAGUUUGGGGAGAACCAACCCGAUGCCAGCAUGAUGCAGAUAUCUCAGGGCAUGAUUGGCCCUCCUUGGCACCAAAGCUACCAUUCCAGCUCCUCUACGAGUGACCUUUCCAACUAUGACCAUGCCUAUCUAAGGCAGAGCCCUGACCAGUGCAGCUCCCAGGGAAGCAUGGAGAGCCUGGAGCCCAGUGGGGCAUACCCACCCUGUCAUCUUUCCCCUGCCAAGUCCACCGACAGCACUGACCAGCUCAGCCACUUCCAUAACAAGAGAGACUCGGCUAACAGCUCUUUCUCCACCAGUUCUAGCAUCCUAUAGUAUCCAUCCCCUGGCAUCUCUGGCCGGAAGCGUUCAGGCUCCAUGGACACAACUUCUGCUCAAGGUGGCCUCGAAGGGAUAAGGCAGGCAGAUAUUCGCUAUGUGAAGACAGUCUAUGACACCCGGAGGGGAGUCUCAGCAGAGUAUGAGGUAAUCUCUUCAGCCCUCCUGCUUCAAGGUAGGGAGGCCCGAGCCUCAGCAGAUGGUCAGGGCUAUGAUAAAUGGUCUAAUAUUCCUAGGGGCAAGGGAGUGCCACCCCCAUCCUGGAGCCAGCAGUGCCCCAGUUCCUUGGAGACUGCCACUGACAACCUUCCUCCUAAAGUGGGUGCACCCCUGCCUCCAGCUCGGAGUGACAGCUAUGCAGCAUUUUGACACCGUGAGCGGCCCAGCUCCUGGUCUAGCCUUGAUCAAAAACAGCUCUGCCCAAACUCUCUACGCACACUGAAGUCUCCAUUCAUAGAGGAGCAGCUGCAUACUGUGCUGGAGAAGAGUCCAGAGAACAGCUCCCCAGUGAAGCCCAAGCAUAAUCAUAGCCAGAAGGCCCAACCUGGCCAACCUCUGCUGCCGACCAGCAUCUACCCCGUACCUUCCCUGGAGCCACACUUUGCCCAGGUGCCCCAGCCUUCUGUGAGUGGCAGCGGGACUCUCUACCCUGCACUGGCCAAGGAGAGUGGAUACAUAGCCGCUCAGGGAGCGUGCAAAAAGAUGGCUACCACUGAUGAGAAUGGAAGCCAGAAUGGAUCUAGCAGGCCUGAGUUUACCUUCUGCCAGCCCUUAGAACAUGACUUGCUGUCCCCGGUAGAGAAGAAACCAGAAGCUACAGCCAAGUAUGUCCCCUCCAAAGUCCUUUUUUCUUCAGUGCCUGAAAAUGAGGAGGAUGCCUCCCUGAAGAGACAUCUCACACCUCCCCAAGGCAACAGCCCACAUCCCAAUGAGAGAAAGAGCACCCACAGCAACAAACCAUCUUCUCAUCCCCACAACGUCAAAUGCCCUCAGGUCCCGGACUGGCAAGCGGGUGAAGAGAAGGGAUCUUCCAGGCUCUCAGAGCCCUGGGAGGGCGAUUUCCAGGAAGACCACAAUGCCAACCUCUGGAGGCGGCUGGAGAGAGAAGGCCUAGGCCAGAGUCUAUCAGGCAACUUUGGCAAAACCAAGUCCGCCUUCUCAUCUCUCCAGAACAUUCCUGAGAGUCUGAGACGACACAGCAGCCUGGAGCUAGGCCAGGGAGCCCAGGAGAGUUAUCCCGGGGGAAGGCCCACCUGUGCAGUCAACACCAAGGCAGUAGACCCUGGGAGGAAAGCUGCUCGGCAUGUUUUCUACCCACGGCCCGAGGGGAGGACCGGUGCCUCGGCCUCUUUCCACAGCGCAGACCCAAGGCCCGAAGAGCCGCCCUCCCCCUCGCACCCGCACACAUCCAGUCUCGGCCGGAGGGGGUCCGGCCCAGGCAGCGCCCGGACUCUUCAAGGAUUUCAGUACGGAAAGUCCCACUGCUCGGUGCUGGAGAAGGUCUCGAAAUUCGAGCAGCGAGAGCAAGGGAGCCGCAGGCCGAGUGUGGGCGGCCCGGGUUCUGGUCUUAACCAUAGGCCCCGCAGGACCGUCUCAACUUACAGUACUUUUGGGAAUGACUUCGAGGAGACGAAAGCCCACAUGCGUUUCUCUGAGUCAGCGGAAGCCCUGGGCAAUGGGGAGCAGCACUUCAAAAACAGGGAGCCGAAGCUGGAGGAGGCCUCCCGGCAGCCCUGCGGUCAGCAGCUGAGCGGAGGAGCUGCGGCCCGCGGCCGUGGCCCCCAGAAGCCUGACGCUAGCCUCCUCCGCAGCCAGAGCACCUUCCAGCUCUCCAGCGAGCAGGAGAGGAAGGCCGAGUGGCGGGACAGGCCCGGCUCACCCGAGUCGCCCCUACUGAAUGCCCCCUUCAGGGGCGCCUACCGGAACAGCAUUAAGGACGCACAGUCCCGCGUUUUGGGGGCCACUUCCUUUCCACGCCGGAACCUGGAGCUGGGGGCGCCCGCGGCGUCAAGGCCCUGGCGGCCACGGCCCUGCUCGGUUCAUGUAGGGCUGCGAAGCUCCGAGGCGCUGGCCUCCGCCUCCCUGCACACGCCGCAGGAGCGGCACAGCGUGACUCUCGCCGAGGGCGACCUGGCCAGGCUGGCGCCCUCUGCCGCUCGGAGAGGGGAUCGCCGGCGCCUGACCCCGGACCAGAAGAAGCGCUCCAACUCGGAGUCCGAGAAAAUGAACCAGGUGGCGGUGGCGGAGGAGGCCGAACCGGCACCCCUGGGCCCCCAGGGGAAGGAGAUGCUUUUCCAGGAAAGCAGCGUAGCCGACCGGCGCCGCCUCUUCGAGCGGGAUGGCAAAGGCUGCGCCACGCUCAGUCUGUCGGGGCCCGAGCUGAAGCAGUUCCAGCAGAGCGCCCUGGCCGACUACAUCCAGGGCAAGACGGGCAGGUGGCCGGCCUCCGCCGCCAGCGCUGGCCUCCAGGAGCCUGGGCCACUGCGCGAGCGCGCCCAGAGCACAUACCUCCAGCCCUGCCCCGCGGCGCCGGAAGGCCCCGGCCGCGCCUUGGCCUCCAGCCUGAGCUCACUGCGGGAGCCCAGCCUGCAGCCCCUCAGGGAGGCCACGCUCCUGCUGGCCACUGUUGCAGAAACCCCGCAGGCUCCCCGAGAUCGCAGCAGCUCCUUCGCCGGUGGCCGCCGCCUCGUGGAACGGCGACGCAGGGACCUCCAGGUCCCAAGGGAGCUGCUCAGUGGAGCAAACGGUGGAACAAGGGGCACCCAGAGGGUGGGUGAGAUCCCCAGGGAGCCACCCACCUGGGGGCCCAGGGCCGGGAAGUCCGUGUCGGCAGAGGACCUGCUGGAACGCUCGGAUGUCCUCGCUGUCCCUGUCCAUGUGAGGUACAGGUCAUCUCCCGCCACCGCAGACAAGCGCCAGGAUGUGCUUUUGGGGGAAGACAAUGGCUUUGGUCUUUUGAAGGAUCCAUGUUAUUUGGCUGGUCCUGGAUCUAGGUCACUCUGUUCAGAAAGAGGCCAAGAAGACAGGCCGUUUCUCUCCCACCAUCCCACCCCUCGUUGGGGUGGUUCAGGCUACAAAGCCAUUGGUGAUUCCUGCCUGCCUAGUGAAUGUCCUGGAACCCCGGACCAUCAGAGGCAAGCUAGCAGGACACCCUGCCCCAGGCCACCACUGGCAGGAACACAAGGGCAGCUCACAGACACCAGGGCUGCACCCCUGACCCCCCUUGGCACCCCUCUGUCUUCAGCCGUUGCCUCUGGCUACUGCUCACAGGAUGGUCAGACAGGGUGACAGCCUCUCCCGCCCUACACCCCUGCCAUGACCCACAGAAGCAAUGGUCACACCCUGACCCAGCCUCCUGGUCCAAGAGGCUGUGAGGGCGACGGCCCAGAGCAUGGGGUAGAAGAGCGAAUGAGGAAAAUCUCGUUGCCUCAGCGGCCGGCUCCUUCUCAAGUCAAGUGGGCCCACGCAGCCAGAGAGGACAGCCUUCCUGAGGAAUCCUCAGCCCCUGAGUUUGCAGACCUCAAGCACUAUCAAAAACAGCAGAGUAUUCCAAGUUCAUGCAGCACUUCAGACCUAGGCACGCCUGUUGGGGCCCUGAGCACUCCAAGGAGGAUCUCCCUCCGAAUAUCUGAGUCCAUCCUGUGGGCUCAUAAGGAUUGUGACAUCGAAGUGUUUAUGAGGGAUCUGCACCCCAAGGCCACAUCCAGCCCCACAUUUGAAACUCUUCCCCCACCCCCACCUCCUCCACUGAGUCAGGAAACCCCAGUGUAUAGCAUGGAUGACUUCCCUCCACCUCUUCCCCAUGCUGUGUGUGAGGCACAGCUGGACAGCGAGGUCCCCUAGAGGCCGCACCCCAGCUCCAACAAACAGGUGACAAUUGCAAGGGAAAGGCAUUUGUCUAGUGCAGUGUAUGUGGUAGGUAGUCAGACACUGGCUUCUAGACUCCAAACUUCUAUCAAGGGUUCAGAGGCUGAAUCCAAACCACCUUCCAUCAUGAGGGUGCAGCCCUAACUUGCUGGGUCUCUUGGUGGGCAGCCAGCACCCACCCGGACUCAAAGCCUCACCCAUGAUCCAGUCAAUGGAACUCAGGGUUUAGAAAAGAAAGUCAGUUCUGAUCCUCAGAAGAGCUCAGAAGACAUUAGAACAGAGGCUCUGGCCAAGGAAAUUGUCCACCAAGACAAAUCUCUGGCAGACAUUCUGGAUCCAGACUCCAGGCUGAAGACAACGAUGGACCUGAUGGAAGGUUUGUUUCUCUAAGAUAUGAACUUGCUGAAGGAAAACAGUGUAAAGAGGAAGGCCAUGCAGAGAACUGUCAGCUGCUCAGGAUGUGAAGGCAAAAGGAAUGAAGACAAGGAAGCAGUGGGCACGUUGGCCAACUGCCCUGCCUACUACAGUGUGUCUGCUCCCAAUGCCGAGCUGCUGAACAAAAUCAAAGAGAUGCCAGCAGAAGUGAAUGAGGAAUAGGAACAAGUGGAUGUCAAUGAAAAGAAGGCUGAGCUCAUUGGAAACCUCACCCACAAGCUGGAGACCCUCCAGGAGGUGAAGGGGAGCCUGCUCAUGGACAUCAAGCUCAACAACGCCCUGGGAGAAGAGGUGGAGACUCUGAUCAGCGAGCUCUGCAAGCCCAAUGAGUUUGACAAGUACAGGGUGAUCACAGGGGACUUAGACAAGGUGGUCAACCUGCUGCUCUCUCUCUCAGGGCGUCCAGCCCAUGUCGAGAACGUCCUUAGUGGGCUUGGUGAAGAUGCCAGUAAUGAAGAAAGGAGCUCUCUCUAUGAGAAAAGGAAGAUCCUGGCUGGGCAGCACGAGGACGCCCAGGAGCUGAAGGAGAACCUGGAUCGCAGGGAGCAGUUGGUGCUGGGCAUCCUGGCCAAUUACCUUUUGGAGGAGCAGCUCCAGGACUACCAGCACUUCAUGAAAAUGAAGUCCACCCUCCUCAUCGAGCAGCGGAAGCUGGACAACAAGAUCAAGCUGGGCCAGGAGCAGGUCAAGUGUCUGCUGGAGAGCCUGCCCUCAGAUUUCCUUCCCAAGGCCGGGGCCCUUGCUCUGUCCCCAGAGCCCACAAGUAAGCCUACUCCUACCAGGGGCUGUACUUUCAGUGGUAUUUUCCCAAUAUUAACCUCUCCACUUUAA